AUGAAUACCUUUUCAGGUGCUGCUAGACAGUCGACGUUGAGGGAUAGCAUGUUCAAGAUCACCAGAUAUGCCAAACCCCAAAGCCACACCGUCUACAAGGAGGGCGACAAAUUGCCCAACAGCUUGAUUCCUCGUUACAAGAAGCUCUAUCCCGAGUAUGACUACGAAACAAUGUUCUUCAAAAGACAAAACAGAGGCCUCUUUGCCGGUCUACAGAGAAAAACACACAAGAGGGAGAGUGAGAGUAAAGUCAAGACUCUCAAGUCGCAGCUCCCCAAUAUCGUGAAAACCAAACUAUGGUCUGAGACUUUGAACCGUAGAAUCGCCACCAAGGCCACUACCACUGCAUUACGUACAAUCACCAAAGACGGUGGUUUGGACAACUACUUGCUCAAGUCAUCGCCCAUGAGAAUCAAGACCAUGGGAUUGAAGGGCUGGAAGUUGAGGUACGAUAUCUUGAAGAAGAAGGAGAUCGAGCUGAACUCUGAGGGCAGCGACAAGACCGUUUAUCAUAUUCUGGACUCCGGCAAGAAAAUCACCGUGGGCAGAAAGAAGCUCUUGGAGACUUUGUACCCAUACGUCUACAAGGACAGCUACACACCCACGCCUUGGAAGUACUUCAUCAAGACCCACACCGUGUUGACCACCGAGGAGCUUGUGCAAAAGUUGGAGGCCUACGGCCACGAUUUCGCUGAUAUCACCGUCUAA